AUGCAACAUGAUGAACAUAUCGCCCUCUUGACUCAAGAAAUUGAGAAUCUACGUGGAGAACUGAAUCGGGUUAGGGACUUGACCAAUUUGUCCAUCACACUCCAAAGUCCACCUCCUGAACCUAGAAAUGUCGCACCAAAUCCACCUCGUUUUCCAUCACUCGAAUCUCCAGUCCCUGAACACUUUCCUCCACAAAACAAUGCACCCGCCAACAACAACUUUCCUCCACCAAAUCCACCCUCCGUCUAUACUACUCCGCAAAAUCAACCACCUACUUACAAUACCUACGCUACUCCUAAUCCACCACCCGUCAACCCACCAAAUCAAUCGCAAAUUCACACUCCUUAUAUUCCAUUACCUACCAACACUAAUCCGCCACCUACAACUACUCCUCAAAACCCACCAAACCAACUACCUACAAACACCAUUUAUAACACACCACCUCCAAUCCAAAACACUCCCACGGUCCAAACUUAUCCAACCCAGCAUAUACAGGGGGCACAUUUUGCCACUCCUAACACGCAGUAUGUUCCUCCGGUAUAUGCAGCAGAAACACAAGCCUAUACCAACCCAGUAACUGUCAGGUUCCAACCCGAAGUAGAUCAAUACGAGGAAAUGGAGAAAGAAGCAAAAGCAAGGGAAGACGAUAUGUUGCUAAAAGAGAUCCACGGCCUCAAAGAAGCAACAAUGAGAAACCUUCAAGUUGCUAGGGGAACCAAGAGUGUGAAUACGAGGAUUUGUGCGUUCACUCGAUGUUGA